AUUGAUGUAGAAGAAGAGGAGGAUGAGAAGAAAGGAAGGCAACAGAAGAGCAGAAACCGGCCUCAAGCAUCUGAGGAUGAAGACAGUUCAGAAGAAGGUGCCAAACCCACAGGAAGAAACAAUAGGCGGAGACCCCCAGUUCAGAAUGGAAAUAGACAGAGAAACAAAAACAAUAGAGGCCAUGAAAGUGACGAAGAAGAAGAUGACGAUGAUGAAGAAGAAGAGGAAAGCAAAAAGGGGGGAGCUAAAAAUUCAAGGGUAAAAGCAAGAAACAAUAGGAAUAACAGAAAGGAAGAAAGUGACAAUGACAGUGAACCAAAGGGAAAAAAUGCGAAAACAAAAAGGACCCCCGCCCACGGUAAUAAUCGAAACAAUGUGAACAAGAAGCAGAAAGAUGAAGAUAAUAAGAAGGAAAAACAAGGAAACAAAAAAGGUGAUAAGAAGGGCGAAAGACAUAAUGGAAAAAAGAAAGGCAAAUCCUCCAGCUCAUCAUCAGAUUCAUCAGACAGUGAAGAUUCUCUGUCAGAGGGGGAACUUGCCAAGGUUUUGGAAGAAGUGGAAGAGAAAAAGAAGCUAAUAGCAACCAUACGGAAUAAAGCCUGGCGUAUGAAAAGAAAACUAACAAAAUUAAAGGAAUCUCAAGAAUUUGUAGAAAAUUUUGAAGGAGCUCUGGGGAAGGGGAAAGGUAGAAAGUUUUAUGCCUACAAAGUGAUGAUGACGAAGAAAUGGAUCAAGUUUCAAAGGGACUUUGAAAAUUUUAAGACUUCAUGCAUACCUUGGGAAAUGAAAAUAAAAGAAAUUGAGAGUCACUUUGGUUCUUCUGUAGCCUCAUAUUUUAUUUUCCUACGUUGGCUCUAUGGGAUCAACUUGGUUCUUUUUGGUUUAACUUUUGGAUUGGUUGUCAUUCCAGAGAUGUUGAUGGGCCUGCAAUAUGGCACAAUUCCUCGGAAGACUGUGCCAAGGGCAGAACAGCCGACUGCUAUGGAUUUCUCAAUACUUUGGGAGUUUGGGGGCUACAUAAAGUACUCCGCUCUUUUCUAUGGUUACUACAAUAAUCAGCGAAUGAUUGGUGUUUUCAAGUAUAGAUUGCCCUUGUCUUAUUUCAUGGUUGGCGUGGGUUCGUUUGGAUACAGCCUCAUGGUUGUGAUCAGAACAAUGGCAAGAAAUGCAAAUGAAAGUGGAGUUGAUGGAGAUGAUGGAGAUUUCAACUUCAGCUGGAAAAUGUUUACAAGUUGGGAUUAUCUAAUUGGAAAUCCUGAAACAGCAGAUAACAAGUUUGCAUCCAUUACAACCAGCUUUAAGGAAUCCAUUGUGGAUGAAGAAGAAAACCAAAAAGAUGAAAAUGUCCACCUAAGGAGAUUUUUAAUUAUUCUGUCCAAUUUUCUUAUAUUUUGUUGUCUUGCUGGAAGUGGGUAUCUCAUUUUUUAUGUUGUGAGAAAAUCCCAGACCUAUUCAACAGUGGCUAACUUAACCUGGUAUCAGAAAAAUGAGAUUGAUAUCGUUAUGGCAUUGUUGGGAAUGUUUGUUCCUCCACUAUUUGAAUCAAUUGCUGGUCUGGAAAAUUAUCAUCCCCGUAUUGCAUUGAAAUGGCAGCUGUGGCGAAUGUUUGCCCUGUUUCUCGGUAAUCUGUACACAUUUCUGCUUGCUCUUAUUGAUCAAGUCCAAUCACAGUUGGCAGAGGAAGAAAGUAUAAAAAACAAAACUUUAGCCAUGAUGAACGCCUUCAAUUUAACAUCUAAUAGUUCAACCCCUGGAAUUCCACAAAUAGAUCCUGCGGAUUUCCCCCGAGGGCCUUGCUGGGAGACUGGCGUUGGAAUGGAAUUUACGAAGCUCACUGUGUCUGACAUUAUGGUUACUUACGGCAGUAUAUUUGUUGGAGAUUUCCUACGAGCCUUAUUUGUCAGAUUUGUUAACUACUGCUGGUGCUGGGAUCUGGAGUAUGGAUUUCCUUCAUACACUGAAUUUGAUAUCAGUGGAAAUGUUCUGGGACUUAUCUUCAAUCAAGGAAUGAUAUGGAUGGGCACCUUUUAUUCGCCCGGAUUGAUUGGCAUCAAUAUUCUACGGCUGUUGACAUCCAUGUACUUCCAGUGCUGGGCUGUUAUGUGUUGUAAUGUCCCGCAGUCACGAGUUUUCAAGGCAUCGGGAUCCAAUAAUUUCUACAUGUCUUUAUUAUUGUUGAUUUUGUUCCUCAGUUUAUUGCCAGUAGUCUACACUAUAAUGACAUUUACACCCUCGUUUGAUUGUGGACCAUUCAGUGGGAAGGCUAAAAUGUUUGAGGUUAUUAUGGAAACCAUUGAGUACGAUUUCCCGGCAUUUGUUGGGAAACUCUUCGGUUAUGCUUCAAAUCCAGGGUUGAUUCUGCCCGGUAUCUUACUGAUGGUUUUAGGCAUAUACUACCUUAAUGCUACCUCAAAAACAUAUAAGGAGGCAAAUCUGGAGUUAAAAAAGAAGAUGCAAAUGCAACGUGAAGAGCAAAAGAAUAAAAGGAACAAUAAAAACACUGUCAAUCCAAUGCUUCAAGAUUUAGAAGAUCUUUUACCAAAGAAAACAAAUUCUAGCAAACCUGAAACAGAACCAGACACAAGUAAAAAGGUGAUUGAGAAACAGCCUGCUGCCACCAAUGGAGCCACAAAAGCUAAUGGAAGACAUGGAAGGGAAAUGACGCUGGCCCCACAACCUCCACGAAUGGUAGUAACAAAACCACCUAACCCAAGGCAAUCACCCCGCCAACAAGGGCAACAGAGAUCUGGAGCACCAGGUCCACGUCCUCAUGGACCGCCUCCUAGACAACCAAGACGCUGAGAUGUGAGAGACGUAUCCAUCCACCCAAUGUACUGAGAGCUGUCAAGAAGGGAUUGUUGUCAAACACAUGCAUUAUUCUGGGCAAUAUUUUUAUCUAAUUAUCAGACUACUUCUCUCGCCCUUAAUAAAUUUGCCAUUUUCUAUAAGAAAUAAAAGUACUUGAACUGUAGUAGACUAUGCUGGAUGGAUAUUUCCUCAACAUUUGCAGAUUCUUCUAAAUUGAUUUUAUAUUGUUGUAUGUUAUAACUGUUCAGUUACUCAUUUUCAAGCAAGUUUAAUAUUAAAAUAGGGUAGAAAUUCAGCUUUUGUCACGUGUUAAACAUUUGAUUUCUGACUGUAUGCAAGUUUUGUUGCAUUUCUUCAAUAAAUCGAUGACGUUUAUAUCUGCCCAUACUUUAAAUCUUCUCAAUAGUUAUUAUGUAUCUGCUUUUGCUAAUUAUUUAUUAUGUAAGUGAAAAAUAAAGUUAAAGAACUUUAAUAUAAAAUUAAGGAACAUUUAGAAAAAGCUGUC